AAUGAGUAAAAAGGAGGAUAUUAUAGAAAUAAACCUUGAAGAAAAAAUUCAAUAAGACAAAAGAAAUAAGUAAAAUAUGAAAAAGGGAUACUAAGAAAAAAAAUAGAAAUUAUAAGCAUUUACUAAUGACAAACAUAGAAAUGAUAAUCGCAAUCCUGGAGCAAUUGUUGAUAUUACAAACUUGCAUUAUAGUGUUACUAAUGAUGAAUUGAAAGAGUUGGCUUAAUAAUUUGGAAAAAUUAGAAGGGCUUAAGUAGAAUGGGAUAAAAUGGGCAGAUCUCUUGUAUAAUUAUAUAUAUAAUCCAAAGGAAUAAGGCUAUAUAGAGUUUUUUUAUGUAUCAGACGCAAAAAAAGCAGUUGAGAGUUUAAACAAUACAACAAUUGAGAGUUUACCAAUGAAAGCUUAAUUAAGAGAUUCAACCAUAAGAAGAGGCAUGUUCAAGCGAUGAU